AUGACCCAGGUGGAGGAGUCUCAGACGGAGGGAGAAGGCAGCCCCCAGAUCAUGUCCCUCAGGUCAGAAUCGUCAGCAAACCACGUGGACGAUGGCGACGUGGGACCGUCCGUGAGGAGAAAAAGGAGGAGAAAGCGAGACCAGCGUCCUGAGUCAAUCAUUGUUUAUCGCUCCGAUGUGGAACGAGGGACCGGUGAAGACCAAGGAGGUGAAGAAGAGGGAGCAGAGAGGAGUACCGAGGAGGGAGCUAUGUUCCUCUGCACGCCCACAAACGAAGACGGUGGUUGGAGCCUUCCACCAGACAGCCGCUACGUAACCCUGACAGGCACUAUCACAAGAGGCAAGAAAAAAGGCCAGGUAGUGGACAUCCACGUGACCAUGACAGAAAAAGAGCUCCGCGAGCUGGCCAAGUCCAGGGAGCGGCUAGAUGCCGAGUGCGAAGCCGGUGAGGACCCUGAGCGGUCUUGUGGCCUAGGCGUAUGCAGGGGUCCUCAUGUCGUCCUAUGGAGCAUCUCUUGCGCUCCUGUGGUCUUCCUGCUCUCCUUCAUUACUUCCUUCUACUACGGCACCUUGACCUGGUAUAACGUCUUCCUGGUUUACAACGAAGAGCGGACGUUCUGGCACAAAAUCACCAUCUGCCCCUUCCUCAUCAUCUUUUACCCUGUGCUCAUCAUGCCUGUGGCUCUGUCCCUGGCACUCUACUCUGCCGUGGUGCAGGUGUCCUGGGCCUUCAGCAGGUGGUGGCAUGCCGUGAGGGACCUUGAGAAGGGAUUCUGUGGCUGGGCCUGCGGGAAGAUGGGACUGGAGGACUGCUCGCCAUACAGCAUCAUCGAGCUGCUGGACUCAGACACUGUCUCUAGCACACUGCAGAGUAAAGGCCCCAGGGAACUCGCCCAGACGUCGUCGGUCUGA